AUGGGAAAUUAAUAAGGAUCAGAUUUUGGAGGGGUAUAUAUCAGAACUGAUAAACCUUUCUAUUUUGCAGGAGAAAUCAUUACAGGUAUAAAGUAGCCAUUACAUUAACUUAGGAAAUAUCUAUUUGAACAUUUUCAAAGAUGGAUUUCCUGGAGGUGUAGUAUUAUUGAAAGUAUCUGGCAAAGAAAAAUGUCAUUGGACUGAAAGUCGUACUCGUAAUUCUACUGGCCCAGAUGGUAAGCAAAAGCAAACCACAGAAUAUGUGACCUAUUCUGGUGAAACUUAAUUUUAUUAACAUCGAGUGGCAAUUUGGACUUUUAAUACUCCUUGUUUACCUGUUGGAUAGUAUACCUUUCCUUUUUAAUUUUAAUUGUUAUCACAUCUACCUGGAUCAUAUUUUGAGAAGGGAUCCAACUACUAAGCCAAAAUUUCUUAUAGUGUCAAGGCUGAAAUCGAAUCUUAUAACAAAUCAUAUAAAAAUAUCUAACACUCAUAACCUCUUAUUGUUAGAGAACCAUUAAAGUAGAAUAUGACAGCUUUGAUGGGAUAAAUGGAAGUAAAAGCAUCCACAUGGUGUUGCAUCGACAAAGGAGUAAUUAUAUAUAAAUAUCAUUAGACAUCACAUAUUAAAUGUGUUUUUGAUAAAAAUCAUUAUCUUCCUGGAGAUAAUGCUUAUUUAUGGGCUGAUUUGGAUAAUUCUAAUUGUAAAUUGGAUGUCACAAGAAUAGAAGCAAGAUUAAUAAAUUACCUAACCUUAAGGGAUAGAACAGGAAGGGAAAAACUAAUAACAAGAACUAUUGUUUCAUAAUAAAUGUAAGGAAUUAAAGCAGGAGAAAGAGCUGUAGAAAAUGAUAGAAAAUAAAUCUAACUUAUUUUACAUAAUAAGAGUUCACCAGAAGGUAUUCAUCCUUCAUCUAAUGGAUAAUUAGUUAAAUCUGUUUAUAGAUUAGAAGUUUAAGCAGUGCUUGCUGGUAAAUUUUAAUAAUUUAUAUAUUAUAGGUUGUACAUGUUGUAAUAAACAUCCUAAAGUAAAUGUUCCAAUUGAAAUAGUUGCACCUGUUCCUUAAAUAUAUAAUUAACCAAUGGUAUAGCCUUCUAAUUGGAAUCCUUAAGUUUUCCAACCUUAAAUUGUAUCAUUUACAGAUAGUACUCUGUAUAUGAAAGAUUAGAACUAAUAAUCAAACUAUAAUUAUCCAUAAAUUCCACCACAACCUCCUAAUCAAUUUGGAUAAAUGUAAUAACCAAUGAGUUGA